GUAUAUAUUCCCAUAAUGGAGUUGAAUUUCGUCCAAAGGCACCCAUUUCACAUCAAAUUGUUGAAUUCAGUUUCAUCAUAAAAUGUCCGCAGGCAAAUUGCUUAGCUCCCCCAAAUCAUUCUCACGAAAACGUCGUACAUGAAAACCACAUGUGUGGUUGCGCCUUUGAAUUCUCUCAUCCACAAAAAUUUGUGUAGCAAUUCUAGUUUACACGAUCUAUAUGCAGCUCUACUGAUAAAAAAAGAGUUAUUAUUAGUUUUCCUGUAAGCAACUGUUCAAUCUGUGAAGAUUUUUAUAGCCUGGAGGAAGGCAAAAAUGCACUGUAAUGGACGAUCUUGCAUGGGUUUAGAAGAUAUGAGCAUAUAUGCCUCAAUGGUGGGCAUUCAAGUUUCUUAUGGGGUGAUUUCUGUUCUUCUGGAGAAUGAAAAAUCAAAGGGCAGAAACCUUUUGCCUCUUGCUGCUGCCGCCUAUGGCUUGGGGGGUUGUAUAUUGUGCCCCCUUGCCUUCUUUCUUGACAAGGAAAAGAGGUCCAAGUCCAAGAUGAGCUCAACUCUGUUAGCUCAGGUGCUUCUCAUUUCUCUCACUGGAGUUUCAGCAUAUCAAGCACUGCUGUUAAUGGGAUUGAGUGAAACAUCUCCUGCUUUUGCUACUGCCAUGGCAAACUUGUCGCCUGCAAUCAUUUUUGUAAUGGCAUGGGUUUUGGGAUUGGAGAAAGUAGAUAUUAAAAGUGGUCACAGCCAAUCCAAAAUUGUGGGCACUGUGAUUUGUGUGAUGGGAGCAAUGGUUAUGAGUUUCAUCACUGGUCCUGCUCUAAUGGAGGACACCAGGCCUUCAAUACCAGGUUCCCAGAUCAGCCCAGUAAAAGCUAUUUUUGAAUUUCUACAGGGGAGUUCUGUCAUAAGGAUCAGAGGAUGCUUUUACCUCUUGGCAGCAGUGAUGUGCUUCUCAUUUUCAAUGAUUUUACAGGCCAAAACAUUGAAGAAAUAUCCAGCGCCAUUAUCUCUUACAACAAUGACAACUCUUCUUGGUUCAAUGGAAAUUGUUAUCUACAUAAUUAUACUAGACAAAGGCAUUCAUAGAGAAUCAUGGGUUGUAGAUUGGGGUGGACUUAUUAUUAUUAUCUUUGGGACAUUGACUUGCCAUGGCUUGGCGUAUGCGUUGCAAUAUUGGUGCGUUAAGAAAAGAGGACCUGUGUUUGUUGCAAUAUUCAACCCAAUCUCUACUAUUUGCUCAACUACAUUGGCAUUCUUCUUCUUGGGGGAUUCCAUGCAUGUGGGAAGUGCAAUUGGUAUAGUGAUGAUUUUUGGAGGUUUGUAUGCCGUUUUAUGGGGCAAAAGUAAAGACAACAUUAGUGACAAACAAGAACAGCUAAACAAUGCUGAAAUUGAUGAAGGAUCACAAGUCAAGGAGCCCCUAUUGUGAACUGACUAAUGGCUACACAAGUCUCGGUUUUUGUUUUCUUGGUUUUGGAAGUUACACAUUUGCUCACUUUAGAGAGACAUUUCUCCUAGUAAAUUGUUACUAAGUAAAAGAUUGUAUAUAUGUAAUUGAAGGAGAAAUAAUAUGAUCCUUCAAAAAUAUUUAACU